AUAGAUGAGAUUUCCAAAGCCUAUGAUCUCCGAUCAUCACCCCCAAGCUUCAGACUGCCUAAUUACAGGUGAUGCCGAGAAGAAUCUCAACAAUUUCGUCGUCAUUAUCCUCCGACCAUUUAGCCUUCAAAUGGGCCAAACAAUGUUUCCUCAGCGGCGGCAAUUCUCCGCCUGUAUGGGCAACUCUGGUGGGAGGGUUCUUCUUAGUUGUCUCUCUCACCCUAUCUACUUUCCUCAUUUUCGAACACCUCUCUGCUUACAACAAGCCCGAGGAGCAGAAGUUUUUGAUCGGGGUUCUUUUGAUGGUUCCAUGCUACGCUGUUGAAUCAUUUGUGUCCUUGAUAAAUCCAGCAAUCAGUGUUUACCUUGAGAUCUUACGCGAUGGCUACGAGUCCUUUGCUAUGUAUUGCUUUGGGAGAUAUCUUAUUGCCUGCUUAGGUGGUGAAGAUAGAACUAUUAGAUUUAUGCAGAGAGAAGGGCGUGCAGGUUCAAAGGCACCCCUACUAGGUCAUGGUCAUGAGAAAGGAACUAUAAAGCAUCCUUUUCCAAUGAACAUUUUUCUCAAGCCCUGGAAACUGGGUCAUUGGGUUUACCAAGUUUUCAAGUUUGGAAUUGUCCAAUAUAUGAUAAUUAAAGCAUUUACUGCUAUAUUAGCUGAUAUCCUUGAAGCUCUUCAUGUCUAUUGUGAAGGAGACUUCAAGUGGAACUGUGGGUACCCUUAUAUGGCCGUGGUUAUAAAUUUCAGCCAAUCAUGGGCAUUAUAUUGCUUAGUGCAGUUUUACACUAUUACAAAGGACGAAUUGUCUCAUAUCAAGCCGCUAUACAAGUUCUUAACAUUCAAGUCAAUUGUUUUUUUGACUUGGUGGCAAGGGGUGGCCAUUGCACUUCUCUAUAGUCUUGACUUGCUUAAGAGCCCAGUUGCUCAAUCCUUGCAGUUUAAAUCAAGCAUUCAAGACUUCAUCAUUUGUAUUGAGAUGGGGAUUGCUUCAACGGUUCACCUUUAUGUUUUUCCUGCUAAACCAUACGAACUGAUGGCCGAGUACUUCCCUGGAGCUAUUUCAGUUCUUGGAGACUAUGUAUCUGCAGAAUGCCCCAUAGAUCCUGAUGAGGUUAGAGACAGUGAGCGUCCCACUAAACUGCGCCUUCCUCAACCCAAUACUGAUGCCAGGAGUGGAAUCAAUAUCAAAGAGAGUGUCCGGGAUGUUGUUCUUGGUGGAGGCGAAUAUAUAGUGAAUGAUGUGAGAUUCACAGUAACACAUGCAGUGGAGCCAGUGGAGAAGGGAAUCACAAGAUUUAAUGAGAAACUACACGAGCUAUCUCAAAACAUGAAGCGACGCAACAAGGAAGAGAGGAAAACCAAGGAUGACAGUUGCAUUGCAACAUCAUCAUCACCUACACGGAGGAGAGUCAUACGUGGGAUUGAUGAUCCCCUUCUGAAUGGAAGUGGCAGUGAAAGCUCGGCAUCUGGACGAGGGGGGAGGUGGAGGAAGAUGAAAGAGGGUCGCAAAGCGGGAUACACUAGUGAAAGUGGCAUGGAAAGUAGCAGUACUGAGAGUAGGUACAGCGAUUUCCUUGUCCGGGGCAAUAGGUGGGUAACUAAGGACUGAUAAAGCUGAGGAUGGCCAUGGCUCUUUGGGUGUUAAGAACCCAAAACAGCAUGAUGUUGAGCUUUUCCACUAGCAUUACCCAAUCCCCUUUCAUUCAGUACAGGUUCCAGCUGCUCUCUAACCCCUUCCAGUGUUAUUAACCCGGUGGUCGAACCAGCCGAAUCGCGACCCGAACACGUAACUGGUCUGGUCCAACCCCCCAAAACCUGUAAAAACCCGGAAAAAUUAGGACCCGUCCUCCUCGCCGGUUCGACGUCCGGUCCAGGUUUAAAAUCAUUGACCCCUCCUGGAGCUGAAAUUCUUCCAUUUUUACCUUAGAAAUUAUGUACAUCCUUCAACUGUUGUCUCCUUUACCCAAGAGGCUCUGACGGCAAGGACGUAUUUGGAAGCUGCGAAUUUUCUUUUUGCUCGUUAGAAAAUUCAAAAUCCAUAAGGUCCCGUUUGGUAUACGGAAUUCAAAUUAUGGAAUUGGAAUUGAGGACUUCAAUUCCAAUUCUGGUGUUUGGCAGCACAAAUAUUAUGUGGAUUUGGAAUUGUUAG